AUGGAACAGGCCCAGAAAGCUGGUAAUGCCCGAGGAUUACUUCCGUUGAUCUGUGCGACCGGUCCCCGGAAACCACCUGUGAGUGAAACCAUCAAACAUCAGGAUGGAACGACCGUCUCGAAUAAAGAGGAACGCCUCGACCGGUGGACUGAGUACUUCGAACAACAACUGUCCACCCAUCUAGAGCCCACAGGUGAAGUAGAACUCUGGACGGUGAACGUAGAAUCACCUACGGCCUCGGAGGUUUACGAAUGCAAAUGUUCUCUCAGGCACCACCGAGCUCCUGGUCCGGAUGACCUUCCACCCGCACUGUUCAAAGACGGGGGUGAAGUCCUCAGUCAGUGCUUGUCCGAUCUGUUUGCUUGCAUUUGGGAAACGGAGUCUGUCCCAGACAACUGGGGUGAAUCGGUGAUAAUGCCCGUUUUCAAAAAAGGGGCGCGUAGUGACUGUGGUAACCACAGGGGGCUUGACCGCGGUCGUAACGAGACUGUUGGCGUCAAUUGUGCUUCGUCGCCUUACGGUGGCUCGCGAAAUACUGACUCAAGAGCAGCAAGCGGGAUUCCGGCCUGCGUUGGCCAAAUCUUCACACUGCGUCAAGUGCUAGAGCAACACCAUACAUAUAAGCGACCCACAAUUCUAGUAUUCCUGGAUUUCCGAGGCGCAUUCUACUCGGUUGAUCGGUCUUCUCAGACUUCCGGACGUGUGAAAGUGUACGGAGAGCUCUCCAAAAGCUUCCGCACACAAAGCGGUGUCCGUCAGGGAUGCCCACUCUCUCCAUUCCUUUUUAACUUUGUGGUCGAUGAAAUAAUGAGACGAACGCUGGAGGGUCUCCAAAACCCUGAUGUUCAAAUAGCCUGUGAAGAAAACCUUGCCGAUCGGGAAUAUGCGGACGACAUCGUUCGAAGAGAAGGAAAAGGCGCAGUCCUUUGGUAUGCACCUACAAAGUUUAAGGUCAUGCUCGUGGACUUGCAGUCACUGAACACGCCACUUACAAUUCAGGGAGAGGUACUGGAAGUUGCGGAGCGUUUUACUUAUCUUGGUAGUUGUAUUAGUUCUGAUUGCAGUGUGACAGAUGAGGUGAAUGCACGAAUCUACAAGGCUCGGACCGCGUUUGCUAACUUGAGACGCCUAUGGCGUCAGAAUGGUUUAUUCCUGAAUCUGAAGGGACGUGUGUAUCAAGCUACAGUACGGGCUGUUCUGUUGUAUGGCUGUGAGACUUGGCCUAUUCGAGCAGCGGACCUGAGAUGUCUUCAGGUGUUCGACAAUCGUUGUCUCAGAACCAUAGCUUGCGUGGGUUGUUGUCGGCGAAUCCGUAACGAGGCAGUUAGAAAGCGUGUUUUCGGUUGUGUAACGGGUACUUCCAUUGAAGAAUGUGUCCAGCACCAGAAGCUGCGUUGGUUGGGACAUGUGUUACGUAUGCCGAACCAUCGUUUGCCGAAGAGCGUGCUGUUUUCUAUGCCCAAUUCGGAGUGGCGUAAACAGAGAGGUGGCCAACCCUUGACUUGGCAGAGGAGUAUGAAGGAGAUCACGAAACACUUGGGUGCUGUCGGUGCUACUCGCCCUCCAGGGUGGGGACCGCGUGAUCCUCACUGUGCUUGGUUGGAUACACUACAGGAUAUGGCUGCCAACCGAUGUCAGUGGCGUUCUUGUUGUCAGUUUCUAUCCAGAUUGCCUGAGCUUUCAAAUAAAUCAUGGUUGUACGGCAGUGAAGUAUCAGUGUUGAACACUGAUGUCAUGCUGUCGAUGGUGAUGAUGAUGAUGAUGACUUGCGUCAUCUCGACCCACUACCAUUUUGGGGAGGAAUUUGGCAUCUCCCAUCCGUUUACUAUCCCCAUGUACCCAUCCUCAAUUCCUCGUCGGAAGAAGGUUGAGCGUGAGCUUUUUGACACGCUUUAUUCGGUUGGCCCUGGAGAGUUUAUAUGUAAGCUACUGAAAUCUCAAGGAAAUUAUCUGUUCACUGCGGAGGAUGAACGAGGCGAACAACUACUACUGUCUAUUCCUGAUCGCCUUCGCAACGCAUUCUACUUUUCUUCUGGAGACUAUGUCCUCUGUGCACCGUUGGAAAAUAAGAAGGUUCGGGGCGAAAUACGAACUGUUUUGUAUGAGAAACAAAUAACACACCUUAUAGGUCUCAACUUCUGGCCGAAAAAUUUCCCGACAAUCUCAUCCAGAAAAACCCAAAACCAGGAUGAACCCUACCUUCCUGAAGAUAUGCUACCUUCUUCCGAUUCUUCGUACGAUGAGGAAGAAUCGGACUCGAUCAAAGAGGAACCUGGGAGCAACUCAUCUUAACUCUAUUUUGCACACAUUGCCUUCAACAAAGAUUACCUUGCUCUCGUCAGUUUUUUCUUUAUUUCAUUGGCCUGAUGCGUGAUGGUCGUUGAUUAUGACGACUGUGUACAUUGUUCCCCCGUAACUUUUUUUUAGUAGAUCUUCUUACAACGGGGCUGCGCCAACAACCUGCUGUUAGUUUCGUUUUGAUUGGGGUUCCUCAGUCUUGUUCCCAAUUUUUAAUGCCCUCACGGUUUGCAGGUGAGUGAUCAUGUCGAUUUCCGUGCAUUUGGUGUUAGAUGGAAAGAAAGGGACCAUGGACUGUCGAGUCUUCAUCAGUCUUGUACACCCAGGAAAAACACGUGAAUAUUGACCCAAUUACG